AUGGAUGACAAGCACGGCCGACACGGUGCCUGUGACCGGUGCCGUGGCCAAAAGCUGCGAUGCGUGGGUGCAGGCAAGCCAAUUUUAAAUUCCAGUAGUCGCCUCCUACGCAAUGAGAUACCAUGUGAUCGGUGCAAGAGGGCCAAGGUUGAAUGUUAUAGCGUUAGGCCUGCCCCGCGGAGAGGUGUUGGCUCGAACCUCAAAGAGCCGAUGAUUGCCACGCAACCAGCGCUGGAAAGAUCCAUGUCGGUCCAUCAACACGGUAGCCCAGUCUUUUCUCCUCCUACCGGUCUAGUCGCCUCUGCCCCAAAGCUACACCAAAACACCCUAUCCUUCAACCAUCAGCGAAGCGAUUCAGUCGCCGCCCACAGUGAUCUGCACACUAGACGGCAGUCCCACGAUAGUGAUCCACUACCUGCUAUGCCGAGCAUAUCCCACGAAUGGAUGACGUAUCUUCAUGAGCAUAGGAUGGACGGACAUGGUUUGGGUAUAGAAACGCCUCCUUUGAUUGAGUUGGACCUCAACUUUGGUCGGGAUCCAGCAAUGGACAACUUGCAGGAGCACAACACGAUCGAUCUGAUACACCAAGACCCCCCGGAAGAAUGGAACUCCGGUUCACCUGAGCUUGACAUGUACACAGACUCAACCGUUCCUCCAAACCUGGCUUCGUUGAAAGCCCGAAAGCUGACCAGCCCGGACUCCGGCGACUACCCCUAUGGCCGAACCAGGCCGUCAUCACCCAGACCGACGCAAGCCGCCGAGUCAGCGAGGUCUUGCAUACAGGAGCUCGCCCAAUUCAACGAGAUGUUACUGCGCGACAAAUGCCGCCGUGAAGAUGCAUCGACGCAGAGAGGCUACGAAUACAGCUGGCUCUCCAUCGGGCGGACACUGCAUCACUGUCAGGAAUUCUUUUUGAUCCUCAAGCGUAUCAAAAAUUCACGCCCCGAUUCGCACUUCAGCGGAGGCCGGGCGAGGUCACAGUGGCCGAUCCUGUCAGAGGGCAGCAGGUUGGCUGAUGGAGCGCCGCCGGACUCCCAGGCACGACGAAGCCUAGGAAGUGGCGCAACGCCCUGCUCCUCGUCCUCGGCCAGAUCUUCUUCGACAUCGUCGACCCCGCCGACCUUGUCUCUCGAGGUGUCAACUUUGUUGUCGAUCCUCUUCUGCUACACCUAUAUUCUCCAAUCAUACGAAGACAUAUUUACAUCGAUCCUCCACGCAGUCACCCGACCUACUCCGACUAUACCACCCACAUUAAGCGGGUUCCGCAUCGACGGGUUCCAGCUUGACGGCCACCACACGCUUCAGCUGGACUGUCUGAUGCAUGUGAGCUACAACCUUCUCGAGAAGAUUGAGAACAUAUUAUUCGGGUCGAUGGGAUACGAGGGAGUGUCAAGUCCAGUCAAAUGUGGCAUUCUUGGAGACAAACUCUCUGCUGGUUUGAUUGACGUGCUAUUCGAGCACGAUGAAACAAACAGCUUCUCCCACGGCCAUGGAAAGAGGGAGGUAGCUGCCAAAAGAUUGAUUCGGGAGAUUCAAGCUACACUCAAACAGCUUGAUCUUUGA